AUGGCUCUGCUCCUGAAAUCUCCCGGAGGAUCGUUCUGCAAAUACAAAAACAGCACUAGCCGCUACCUCAGUGCAUGGCAAAGUUGCCAAGAGCUGAUGGCCUCUUCUCCAGUCAUGGACGCUCUCACCGGCUCCUCUCCGGCCAAUCACCAGAACGGGAACGCUCACCGGGAGCCGCCAUCGCCGCUGGAGCCGCAGCCCUCGGCCUCCACGGCGCUCAGGCUGCAUCUGCACCACAGCCUCCAGGGGGCGCCAGAGAGCAGCUUCCUCAGUUUCCCUCCAGGACACUAUGUGGCUGAAGAGCUGUGCAUUGAUGCAGCAAAGGCCUGCGGUAUCUCUCCUCUCUACUUCAGCUUCUUUGCUCUUUUUCGAGAGCGAGACCAGAUCUGGUUUUCCCCAAACCACGUCUUUCACCUGGACGAAACCACGACGGAGGAUUUGUUCUUCAGAAUACGAUUCUACUUUCCUGGCUGGUACAACAGUGGGCCGGCGCGGGCCUAUCGCUACGGCGUCUCCAAGGGGUCAGAAAGCCCUGUGCUUGACGACGCAGUGAUGUCAUACCUCUUCUUCCAGUGGAGGAAUGACUUCUUGAACGGUUUGAUCAAAAUCCCGUCGUCCCACGAGGCGCAGGAGGAGUGUCUGGGGAUGGCGGUGCUGGACAUGUCUCGUUUGGCCAAAGAGAAGCAGAUGUCUCCACUGGACAUUUACCACAACACAAGUUACAAAGCCUUUCUGCCGAAGCCGAUGCGAGCUCAGAUCCAGAAUUGUAACUUUGUGACGCGGAAGCGGAUCCGGUUCCGCUUCAAACGCUUCAUCCAGCAGUUCAGCCAGUGCCGGGCCUCGGUCCGCGACCUGAAGCUCAAGUACCUGAUCAGUCUGGAGGCCCUGGACCAGACCCUCUACACCGAGAGCUUCCAGGUCCGAGAGGCCUCCAGCGGCAGCCUGCGCCUCCUGGUGUCCGCCGACCAAGGACUGCAGUGGCUGCGAGAGGACUCUGACAAGGACGUUCAGCUCCUGUGUGACUUCCCGGACGUGGUUCACAUCAGCGUGCAGCAGUCCACCAAAGACACGUCCACAGAGAGCCGCAGCGUCAGCAUCAACAAGCAGGACGGCAAGAGUCUGGAGGUGGAGUUCCAGAGUCUGGGGGAGGCCCUGUCCUUCGUCUCCCUGGUCGAUGGUUACUACCGGCUCACUGCAGACGCACAUCACUAUCUGUGCAAAGAGGUGGCUCCUCCUAAACUCCUGGACGACAUGUCUUCACACUGUCACGGCCCCAUCAGCGUGGAGUUUGCUGUGAAUCGACUCCAGAAAUGUGGAAACAAACACGGAUUGUUUGUUUUGCGAAACAGUCCGAAAGAUUUCAACAAGUACUUCCUCACAUUCCCAGUCAAGGUUUACGACUUCACAGAAUACAAACACUGUCAGAUCACUCGGUCUGUGAGCGGAGACUUUAACCUCAGCGGCACCAAGAGGGUGUUCUGCAGCCUGCCACAGCUGCUGCAGUGUUACCAGAGAGAGACCGUCCGCUCCGACUCCGUGGUCUUCCAGUUCUCCCAGUGCUGCCCGCCCAAACCCAGAGAGCUGUCGUGCCUCCUGGUCUGUCGCAGCAACAAAGGAUCAGAAGUGCCUCAGUCCACGUCUCUUGUGCGAAGGAACGUCAGCCAAAUGGUGUUCCACAAAAUACGGAAGGAAGACUUGGAAUUUAUGGAGAGUCUGGGUCAGGGAACUUUCACCAAAAUCUUCAAAGGAAUUCGAAAGGAGCUGGGAGACUACGGCCACGUCCACCAGACAGACGUGGUCAUGAAGGUCCUGGACCAGAACCACAGGAACUACUCCGAGUCGUUCUUUGAAGCUGCCAGCAUGAUGAGCCAACUGUCCCACAAACACCUGAUCCUGAACUACGGCGUGUGUGUGUGCGGAGAAGAGAACAUCAUGGUGCAGGAGUUUGUGAAGCACGGCUCUCUGGACACGUACCUGAAGAAGAACAAGAACACCAUCAACAUCCUGUGGAAGCUGCAGGUGGCCAAACAGCUGGCCUGGGCCAUGCACUUCCUGGAGGAGAAGCACCUUGUUCACGGAAACGUCUGCGCCAAAAACGUGUUGUUGAUCCGAGAGGAAGACCGUCGAACCGGGAACCCUCCAUUCAUCAAACUCAGCGACCCGGGGAUCAGCGUCACCGUCCUGCCCAAAGAGAUCCUCCUGGAGCGUGUGCCGUGGGUUCCUCCGGAGGUGGUCAGGGAUCCCUCAGACCUGAGCCUGGCUGCAGACAAGUGGGGCUUCGGUGCAACUCUGUGGGAGGUCUGCUGCAACGGGGACCGGCCGUUAGCUUCGCUGGACCACGCUAAAAAAAAGCAGUUUUAUCAGGAUCGUCACCAGCUGCCGGCGCCGAAGUGGACUGAGCUGGCAAACCUGAUCCACAGCUGCAUGGACUACGACUCCUCACUCAGGCCCACGUUUAGAGCCGUGAUCCGGGACCUCCACAACCUGUUCACUCCUGAUUACGAGUUGAUCGUGGACAGCGACAUCCUUCCAAACCGCUCGGGCACCAGUGGAUGGGCAUCUGGGGGUUUGGACAGUCAGGAGCCCGCGCAGUUCCAAGAGAGACACCUCAUCUUCUUACAGCAGUUGGGAAAAGGAAACUUUGGCAGCGUGGAGAUGUGCCGCUACGACCCCCUGCAGGACAACACGGGGGAGGUGGUGGCCGUGAAGAAGCUUCAGCACAGCAGCGCCGAGCACAUGCGAGACUUUGAGCGAGAAAUCCAGAUCCUCAAGUCUCUGCAGCACGAGAACAUCGUCAAGUACAAGGGCGUCUGUUAUAGUGCGGGACGUCGGAACCUUCACCUCAUCAUGGAGUACCUGCCGUUCGGAAGUCUUCGAGAUUACCUCAUGAAAAACAAGGAGAGGAUCGACCACAACAAGCUUCUGCUCUACACCGCCCAGAUCUGCAAGGGCAUGGAGUACUUGUCCAGUAAGCGCUACAUCCACAGAGACCUGGCCACACGCAACAUCCUGGUGGAGAGCGAGCUGAGGGUGAAGAUCGGAGACUUCGGACUCACCAAAGUACUGCCUCAGGACAAGGAGUACUACAUGGUGGAAGAGCCGGGAGAGAGCCCCAUCUUCUGGUACGCUCCAGAGUCUCUCACAGACAGUAAGUUCUCCGUUGCCUCAGACGUGUGGAGUUUUGGAGUGGUGCUUUACGAGCUCUUCACUCACAGCCACAAGAACAACAGUCCUCCUGCGGUGUUCAUGUCGAUGAUGGGAAACGACAAACAGGGACAGCUCAUCGUCUACCACCUGAUCCAGCUGCUGAGGUCUGGAAGCAGACUCUCCCAACCCCCAGGGUGCCCCCCCGAGAUGUAUGAGAUCAUGGAGGAAUGCUGGGACAACGAUCCCGGUCUGCGUCCGUCUUUCAACGAGCUUUCCCUGAGAGUGGAACUGUUCAGAGACACUCAGGAGUUUAUUUUGAAAGGCUGUUCUUCUAGAGUGGUCCAGGCUGCCCCUCUGACCUGGACCAUGCCCCAGGCCAGCCCUCCUGACAGGGGGUAUGGCUGGGUGGUGGUGGCCUCAGCCUUCUGGGUCAUGGGUCUCACGGCUGCGGUGCUGAAGAACUCGGGCCUCUUCUUCCUCCACAUCCAGGAGCAUUACGGCCUCCAGAGCAGCGCCACCUCCUGGAUCACCGCCUGCACCGUCGCCAUGUUCCACCUCGGAGGUCCAGUGGCCAGUGCUCUGACCCUGAGGUUCUCCCAGAGACCGGUCAUCAUCUGUGGAGGCCUCCUCUGCUCCGCCGGGAUGAUCCUCUCUGCUUUAGACACCACUCUGCCCUGUCUCUACCUCAGCCUGGGAGUCCUGCAAGGCGUCGGCAUCUCCUUCUCCUGGAUCCCGGCCAACAGUGCGGUGAGCCACUACUUCUCGCGCUGGCGUCCCGUGGCGUACGCCGUGGCCUCUUCGGGCGAGUGCGUCUUCGCCAUCGCCUUCGGCCCCUUCUUCCAGUGGCUCAUCCAGACGUACGGCUGGAGAGGCGCGCUCCUCGUCAUCGGAGGCCUCCAGCUCAACAUCUGUGUUUGCGGAGCUCUGAUGCGCCCGCUGCACCUCAGAAAGAGAGCACCGGGCAGCAGCGAGAGAGCACCGGAUAGCAUCGAGAGAGCAUCGAGCAGCAGCGAGAGAGCACAAACCAGCAGAGACCUCGCCUGCCAGAGCUCUCCGUCCCUCAUCACGCUUCUUAAAAAGCCCGAGCUCUUGCUGUACAUUGCGUUCGCCGUGUUGGCCGCAGCCGGGAUUUUUACGCCUCUGGUCUUCCUGGUCCCGUUCGCUCACAGCCUCGGCCUGCACCAGUUCUGGCCCGCGUCGGUGCUGUCGCUGGUGGCGCUGGCGGACCUCACCGGGAGGCUGGCGUGCGGCUGGACGGCGAACCUGGGACGGUGGAGGACCCUGCGGCUUCUGGCGGUCGCCGUGGUGAUGCUGGGUGUGACGCUGAUGCUGCUGCCCGUGGGCGCGGCCUCUCUGAGCGCCGUGUUGGUGCUCACCGCGCUCUACGGCUUCCUGUUCGGCUGCGUGGUCGCCGUGCAUGUGACCGCCAUCGUGGACGUGGUGGGGCUGCGGGGGUUUGACGGCGCCCUGGGGCUGUUCAUGCUGUUCAGGAGUGUGGGGGGCUGCGCCGGACCGCCACUGGCAGGCCUCCUGGUGGACCACACGGGGAACUACAGCGCUGCCUUCUCUUUGGCCGGUCUCUGUCUGGUCUCGUCCUCGGUCUUCGUGGUCCUGGUCGACCGCAGGGUUCAGAGGAGGGACUCCAUCCUCACGCAGACCACAGAGACCCACAUAUGA